AUGAAGAAUAUCGGAGAAAGCUUGGAGCUUUCAGAAAAUGGUGCUGAUGAUUACAGUCUUGAGGAUUUUGAUGACAAUUGGGAUAAUAAAUUAAGUGAAAUUCGUCAAAUGGACAGGGAUCGAGAGAAGAGACGUGAGAAAUUCUACACGGAAGGAUACCGAAAUGGAAUUUUUGCUGGGAAAGAUGCUGGUUUUGAGGAGGGUUUAAACGUUGGGUUUAAAGAAUCAGUUCUUGAUGGGUACAAGUUUGGUAUUGUCAGAGGUGUUUGUAGGUAA